AUGAGACGUACUACUUCAAUUAUAGUUUAAUGUUUUCUCAUAUUCCUCCUUACAAACCUUGUUAAAGGAGGAUUGAUAAGGACAUGUGACUAUAAAAAAGUGAAGGGUUAUGGAACAUGUGAGCCUAACGGACGUAAUAUAUGUUUAGACGAAUUUUGGAAAAAUCCCCCUUCUCCCGGAAUAACAAAAAUCUUGGAGGGUUGCACAUGUGAAGAUAGUGGUAAAAGGCCAGAAUUUAAGGGGCCAUCUCAUUCGUGUAGGUGUUAUUGGGGUAAUCCGGAUGAUUGAAGAAUUACUAGUCUCUUGAGACUACGUAUUUGUUAGUUUUGUUGUUG